UCACAUCACAGUAAGUAGCCCAAAGCAAUAAAACCAGGUCACUGCCCCCAAUUAGCGUACGAAAUUGAAGAAAUGGCUGCAGCGCCAGUAGCACAAGGAGUGAGUCUGAACCACAUUUCCAGAGAAUCCUCGGACAUUAGGCGCCUCGCCGAGUUCUACAAAGAGACUUUUGGGUUCGAGGAGAUAGAGAGCCCAAACUUUGGGGAAUUCAAGGUGAUAUGGCUGAAUUUACCUUCAGCUUUUUCUAUGCACCUUAUCGAGAGGAACCCAACUUACCAGCUUCCUGAAGGACCCUGGAGCGCCACGUCACCUGUUGCCGACCCAAGCCACCUUCCCAGGGGUCACCACAUCUGCUUCUCUGUCUCCAAUUUCGAAUCUUUUGUGCAAACACUCAAGGAAAAGGGAAUUCAGACUUUUCAGAGGUCACUACCUAAUGGCAAGGUUAAGCAAGUAUUUUUCUUUGAUCCCGAUGGCAACGGUUUGGAGGUUGCAGGUCAAUAAGCUCCAUGGCAGCACAGAAGGUUGCUUGAAGUGGUAAAGGAGAUUGAUAUUAAGCAGACAAUCAGUACACUUUAAUAGACAAUAAGUUGCAAACCUCUCUAUGCAGUUGUAGUGGUUCAGGUGUCAAUUGUGUUUAUGACGUUAAAUAUGUACAGUUGUGUAUGCUUUUCUAAUCAGUUGAUAGUCAUCAUAGACAUAAAUUGUAGCAUGUGUCUCUUGACCUGUUGCAGCGACAAAUCAUAUAUGAACUGAUGGCUAGAGAAGAGAACAGUGUGUUUCCCUACUGUGUUGUAUUAAAACUUCAUUGGUCGAAUACAUUGGCUUAUGCCAUCUGUUUGCUUUC